UAAGAGUUGAAGCUUUGAGAUAUUAGCUUGACACAAUCAAAUACAACGAACAAUCGCAAUAAAAUGGAAACAGAAUCAGAAGCGGAAGCAACACAGCCAACUGAAACAUUAAACGUUCUGUGUGGAAUUUGUAAUGAGUUUUACAAAGCGAAUGAUAUCAUAUAUUCAACAGCCAAUUGCGGUCAUGUAUUCCACAAGAAUUGCCUUAACCGUUGGCUAUCCCGCUCUUUAAGCUGUCCCCAAUGCAGGGCCGUUUGCUACCGUCAGCGUGUGCAUCGCAUUUAUUUGAAUUUUGCCGAAAACACCGAAGUAGAGGAAGUAGAACGCUCUCAGAUCCAAUGGGUGCCCCUUGAUUUGGAUGAACCACUGCCGCAUACCAUACUCGAUGGUGCUGUCCAAUGCGGCACUGAUCAUGAGGGCCUCGAAACAUAUGUGGCGCGCGUAUAUUUGCAUGAGGAUUUACUCCCCGCUAAUUACGUGCCGCAAAAGAAAGCCGUCUACGCUCCCUGGAAUUGCAGUGCACAUCUGUUGAGCACAGAGGUGGAGUUAUUGGUGCUAACGGACUGUGAACUUAAAUGGGUGGCUGCAGCAAAUGGUGAAGUGCCACCAGGCGGCCUUAAAACGGGUUACUCGGAACUAGGUGAGCCGCUUUAUACUGCUCGCUCUGAAUAUAUGGGACAAACCUUGCUCGGCAAAGUGCAUCCAUCUCAUCGAGUUAUUUACAUGCCCUAUCAACGGGACGAGGUUUCCAAUAGAAACUACGAGGUACUGGUUGUCACCCCUAAGGAGCAGGCCGAGCGUUGAUUCCAAUUGGUCCAACUUCAACUAAAUACUGUCGAAUUGGUUUAUUGUUAUUCAGUGUUACUUUCUAUGAUUCGCUUUAAUGAAUUAAUAUUUAACAGUUUAAAAUAAAAGUCUUGGAAAUAUA